AUGGCAGUCACCAAAAUUACUCAGACCUUUGCAACUCGGGUGACUCCGGACAGGAUGUUCAAGGCCUUGAUCCUUGACUCUCACAACAUCUGCCCCAAGCUCAUGUUUUCAUCAAUAAAAAGCAUAGAAUUUGUUGAAGGCAGUGGAGAGGUUGUAAGCAUCAAACGGAUCAAUUUCACUGAAGGCAAAGGCGGCCCAUUAAUGGAGAAGCUUGAAUAUAUUAGCUAUGAGCUGAAGUCUGAGGGGUAUGGUAGAGGAGGAUGCGUUUGUAAGAUGAGCAGUGAAUACAAAGCAAUGGAAGGAAUAGAGAUCAAAGAAGAGGAUAUUGAGUUUGGAAAGGACAGAGCCAUAGGGAUGUAUGAAGUUGUGAGGCCUACCUCUCGGCUAACGCUCAUGCCUACGUUAAAAGAUAAAAUCUGA